GUACGUCGCUGAGCAAAAUCUCAGACAGCGUAUUAUCUAGAUAUAAUACAUAGCUAUGGUAUUAUCUAGAAAGCUUUUUUUUCGAGAUAAUCAUUGGCCUCUUUAUUACACCGCGUUGUCUCUUGGAAAAGCCUGAGAAGCAAAAAGUGUUAACACUUGCAUCGUCGAUCCGCCAAGCUCGGUAUCAGGGAUGAUGCUAUUAUAGUUUAUAUCUCCAUGGCAUAGAUCUAUCAUUGAUAUUCUACACGCUGGUAUAAAUUAGAAAAGCUCUCGAUCUACUAUGGAAGGUCUUAUCUCCAUCCGCUUCCUCUUUGCCUGCAUGGCGUUUCUGGGGAUAGCCACCGUUCAGAUGAUGCGGUUCAACAUCAGCGUUGCCAUGGCGAUAAUGGCUGGGAGUGGUCAUCUCAACUCAUCGGACCUGCUACUCUCGCAAACGCCGAUGAAUGGAUCUUAUCUUGCGAAAUUCGACAACGCACUCAUGAAGAUGCAUGAUUGGAACAUAAGUGAAAAUACUGACUCAAAGGAGAUUGAUAAAGAAGAGACCGAGUUUAACUGGAGCAGUCACACCCAAGGUCUCCUCCUGGCCGCCUUCUUCAUCGGGUAUACCUUAGGUAACAUUCCAGCGGGAUGGCUUGCAGACAAGCUAGGAGGAAAGUGGAUCAUUUUUGGUGGGGCCUGUGGAAGCGCCAUUUUGAAUGCCUUGGGACCGCUAGCGGCUCGAUCCAGCGUUGGUCUCUUCUUCGCAACACGUUUUCUGGCCGGUAUUUCAGAGGGUUUCAUCUUACCGGCUGUUAACACCAUGGUGAAUAAUUGGUCACCAGUCAACGAGAGAACGCGAAUGAUGACAUUUAUUGUAGCAGGGUUUGCCUUUGGACCUGCCAUUGGUCAGUCACUUUCUGGAAUAAUCUGUGCUAAACUCGGAUGGCCUGCUAGCUUCUACUUUUUCGGCGGUCUUAAUAUCACAUGGGCCUUUUUCUGGGCAGUAACGUCGUAUGAGGAUCCCAGUCAACAUCCAUUCAUUACAAGGAAAGAACUGGUCUAUAUCGAGACAACGAGAUCCAAAAAAUCGGAUAAUAAGAAGGUGCCUAUCCGGUCCAUCUUACUCUCCUUACCGUUCAUCGCUUUCACCGUAGUCUUUUUCGGCACUGGUUUUGUUUACUUCAGCCUGGCAUGCAAUCUCCCUAUCUAUUUCAAACACGUAUUGGGGUUUGAUAUUUUGUCUGUCGGCUUUCUAACAUCUAUUCCAUAUGUGUGUCAGUGGAUAAUCUCACUGCUUGCGUCAUCCAUAGCAGACGCUCUGAUUGGUCGAAAUAUCCUAAGUAGAACAUCGGUGCGGAAAUUUACAAUUUGUUCAGGAGCACUGAUAAUGGCUGCUUGUUUUUUUGAUGAUCUCUUUCGUCGUGCAAAGGAACACGUCUUUCAUCGUUAUACUUAUGAGUGUGAUGUAUGGAGCAAUGGGCUUGGUGUUUUCAGCUGCCUUCGUUAACGCUCUGGACAUCGCGCCCAGCUACUCCGGCACGGUAACCGGCAUCGGCAACGCCAUCGGUGUCACAUCCGGAUUCAUUGCCCCUGUCGUGACGGCAGUGUUUACU